AUGUCAAAGGCUGAGGCACCUUCGACGUUGGCCUGGACCCGGGCUGCCGUGGUGGUGGGCGGCGUGGCGCUCGUGGUCACUGCAGCGGCUGCUGGGUACUACGUGCUCCACCGCCGCCACCGCAGGCGCUUCUUUUCAGAGGGCGGCCCCACCCACGCCCAGUCCGUCGUAGUGGACAUCGGGACAAUGGACCCCGUCCUCGAUGCCGACCAUCACCAUCAUCACCUUACCUCUCCCACCAGCGCCCCCGCCACCGUCGACUUGUCCCACGUGCGAUGGGAGGACAUGCUGCUCGGCCUCGCCAUCGGGGACAGCUUCGGGGCGGGGGUGGAGUUCAAGUCGCGCGAGUGGAUCCAGGCCCAUGUCGACUUCACGCGCUACGUCAACGCGCGCGAGGGCGCGUGGGCCGAGGGCUUCGCCGACGGCAAAUACACCGACGAUACCGAGAUGACGCUCGGCCUCAUGAAGGCGUUGAUCGAGACCGGGGAUCUGCGCUCAGUGGACGAGGACGUGCUGCUGGCCUACUGGUUCAACGAAUACGAGACGGGCAUCAAGCUCAACGGCUUCGGUCGCCAGGGCCACGGGAGCAUCUUGAAAUUCUUCACGGGCGAGAAGACGAUUGAGGAGGUGCGCGGGUUUCAGGUGGGAGAGACUACCCCGGCAACGCGCCGCCCAUGCGCGCGCUCCCUCUCGGCGGACAUGGAGCGCAUCUCUCUGGCCAAUGCCGACUCGACGCACCCGCACCCGAAAGCGCGAGCGGCCAGUCUUCUGGUGGCGAGGGCGGUGCGCCACUUGCUAGUGGAGGGACACCCGCACGAGAAUAUCAUCAGCGCGUGCGCCGCCGGUAUCGAACGCCUGGACCAGGAGACUAGCGAGUACCUCGCCCGAGUGGACCAGCUGCCCGACUACCACCUCGACGAGGUGCAGCGCGACUUCCUGCCGGUCCAGGAGGUGCUGUGUGGCCCGCAGCCGCUGACCAGUCCCUUCACCGGCGCGCAGUUUUACGGCCUCAACUCGGACUCGAUGCGUACGGCCGGGUGCGUGCUGUAUCUGCUCAAGUGGCACAGGGACACGUUCGAGUCGCUCAAGGAGUCCAUUCGCAUGGGCGGUGACGUCGACUCCCUCGCGGCGAUCGUCGUCGGCAUUCUCGGGGGCAAGUACGGGCUGGGCGAACUGCCCGAGUGGUUGUUCGAGCCGCUGGAGGACAAGGCAUACCUCCACGAGACCGCGCGCCGCUUCCAACACUUUGUCGAACGCCUCACCGCCGGCGACUCCUCGUAA